AUGCCUUCAGUGGUUCUCAAAGUGGGGGCCGGGGACCACUGGGGUUGCAAGGAGGUGCCAGGGGGGCCGCGGCAGGUUGGCAAAGACCCGGGCCCCACUCCCCCCUCUCCUCUGCUGGGCCAGAAGCAGGUGCAGUUGCUGGAGGUGAAGGCUAGGGGGCGCUUUGGCUGCGUGUGGAGAGCCCAGCUGCUCAACGAAUAUGUGGCCGUCAAGAUCUUUCCCCUGCAGAAUAAGCAAUCGUGGCAGAAUGAGUAUGACGUGUACAGUCUGAGCGGCAUGAAACACGAAAACAUCCUGCACUUCAUCGGAGCUGAGAAGAGGGGCAGCCACCUGGACGUGGAGCUCUGGCUUAUAACCGCCUACCACGAGAAGGGUUCGUUGACUGAUUACCUGAAGGCCAACGUGGUGUCCUGGAACGAGCUCUGCCACAUCGCCCAGACCUUGGCCCGCGGCGUGGCCUAUCUGCACGAGGACAUCCCGGGCCUCAAGGACGGACACAAGCCCGCCAUUGCACACAGGGACAUCAAGAGUAAGAAUGUGCUGCUGAAGAGUAACCUGACGGCGUGCGUGGCCGACCUCGGGCUGGCACUCAAGUUCGAAGCCGGCAAAUCAGCUGGGGAGACACACGGACAGGUUGGCACGCGGCGCUACAUGGCCCCCGAGGUGUUGGAGGGAGCCAUCAACUUCCAGCGUGACGCCUUCCUGCGCAUCGACAUGUACGCCGUAGGACUGGUGCUCUGGGAACUGGCCGCACGCUGCACUGCCGCUGACGGCCCGGUGGAUGAGUACAUGUUGCCGUUUGAGGAGGAGGUGGGGCAGCACCCCUCCCUGGAGGACAUGCAGGAGGUGGUGGUGCACAAGAAACUCAGGCCCACACUCAGGGAGUGCUGGCAGAAACACACGUGCCUGGCCAUGCUGUGUGAGACGAUUGAGGAGUGCUGGGACCACGAGGCUGAGGCGCGGCUGAGCGCCGGCUGUGUCGAGGAGCGCGUCAUCCAGAUGCAGCGGACACACAACCCCACCCUCAUCGCCCCCGACGACAUCCUCACCGUCGUCACCAUGGUCACCAACACCGACUUCCCGCCCAAGGAGUCCAGCCUAUGAUGAUGCCCCCCAUCCCAUUGGUCGAAGAGAACGAGAACCUGGUGGGCGGGAUUAUUUGGUUGGUUGAUGGAACAUGUGCAACUGACCAACCAGAUUUAACAGUUUUUUUUACAAAUGAAUCUGGUCCUUGAUGCCCAUAGGUUGAGAAGCUAAGUGGGCGAGACUUUUCGAGGGAUGGUUGAUUGGCAGUGGCGCCGACCAACCAGAUGUACUGGUUUUUUACUGAUGUCCUCCUCCCCUCCCCAAACCUCCACUUCCCGAUUAGCACUAAGCAGCAGAGGGUUGACCUUUGUUUGAGGAAAUGAAAUGGGGGGUGGGGUUUGCGGAUGCUUGAUGGAUAGUGGAACUGACCAGCCAGAUUAUACCUGGUUUUACUGAUGUCCUCCUCCUCCCCAACUUCACUUCCUGACCCUUAUUUGAGAGGUUGACCUUGGUUUGAUCUUCAAGACUCCAACUUGGAGGUCAACAGUGGUGUUGUGAUGUCGGGUUUUUUUUUUGGUGGGUUUUUUGGGGGUGGGGGGUUGGAUUUCUUUCCUGGGUUUUUGUGCAGCAUGGGGUUGAGUUGAGUUGAGGAGCGCUCAUUCACCUGGUCUCUCCUCUUCAAACCUCUUCUUCUAUCUCAUUCAGGAAUAAUGAUCUGCCCUCACCAGCAGAGGGUGUACUACUCGAACAACAACAACUAACGACCACCACCUCUUCUUAUCUCCACAACGUCGCUCUCUCUCAAUAAAGCAAAUCCUCCCACCA